GAACUCUCUUCGCCGUGUUGUGCUGUGCUAUGGUGGCCACUCUCAUCUUCACCAUCUUCGUCGAUGGUCUUCCUUUUCGCAAGGAGCUACUUACCCCGUGGAUGGCAGCAACUUUGGUCGACUUCUAUAUCAACGUUGUACCUUUGGCGGUAUGUUUACCACAUCUUCUUUUCUUGAAAAAAAUAUUUUAUUGAAGACGCAGUAUUUGUUAUUUUAAAUAAUUUUUCUUGAAGUUCCAACUGAGAGCUUGAACGGAAGUACAAUAAAGAAAAAAUCGUUGAGUUUGGUAAGAAAUAUGUUGAAGUUUCUAAUGGGAGCAAAAUUAGUACAAACCAUCAAAUUUCAUUAAUGAUUUUAAUGAGAGCAAUGAAACGUUACCUGUCUAGUGUUUUCUAGGAAAUAUCUCUCAGUUGCUGUUUUUUUUUUUUUUUUAUUCUGGAUAUUGCACAUGGUUGAUUCAGUGAAGGAGGAUUAAAAUUUUUGCUAUCCUAGUUGUACUUCUGACAUCUGACAUCUGGUGGUGUGGAUAUGAACUUUGCUUAAUCAAUUUAUAUUGUUUCACCUUGGUUUAAAUUUGCCAAUUCAUCUCCUGGUUUAUUGAUUCUGUUCAAUCACUCGCUGCAAAUUGUUUUCUUGGUUUCGAAUUGGUACCCUGGGCUUUUCCUCCAAUGGUUGCAGAUACUGAAGUUUGUGGAAGAUUCGAGGGCCAGACCUCAAAGUCAGAAAUAGUGGAUUGGGUCAUGCAUUUAUUGUUUUGUUGCUAUGUCCUCUCAGGAUGGGUUCUCUACAAGGAAUCUACCUGGCUCAGUGCAAUACUCUGGAUAAUCCUGCUAGCAUGCUUUGGCAGCAUUACUACAUGUGCCUACAUUCUUAUGCAAUUUCUCAAGUUGUCAUCUCAAGAAUCUUUACAAGAUCCCAUGUAUUAUGUUCUGUUGCGGCAUACAGACAAGGUUAACAUGGAGCAAAAGAUGAAGCACUCUUCUGUUGUGACUCUAAGAAUCGUUUUUGUUGCUUUGGGUUGUUUGAUGACGGGAACUUUGCUUUAUACUCUCUUAACUGAUGGUUCUCCUUUCCGCAAAGAGCUUUUCACUCCGUGGAUGCUAGCAACACUUAUUGACUUCUAUAUCAAUGUUGUGGCUUUAUCAGUUUGGGUUUACUACAAGGAAUCAAAUUGGAUUAGUUCCAUCUUUUGGAUAAUUCUAUUGAUAUCUUUUGGCAGUAUUACCACAUGUGUCUAUAUUGCUUGGAAGCUGUUCCAGCUCAGCCCCCAAGAUCCAGCAUACCUUGUUUUGUUGAGUAGUGGCAGCAGGGCAGAAAACAGGUAUAAUGGACUUCAUGCUGAGACAGUGCAACACUAGUAUUGAUAACCAAGAAGGUUUUGAACCCAUCAGAAUGCACAAAAAUGACUGAGCAGAACUUUGUUGGGUUUGAAUCUUGGUGAUCUAUUUCAUCGACGGUGCAUUGUUAAACAAAGUAAUCUGCAAUAAAGGUCCUCCGUCUACUUUGUGUGCAUUUGUGUUGCUCCCCUUUCAUAUUUUUUUUUUUUUAUGAAUAAAUUUUGUUGAUGCUAAUAUUAGCCAUGAAUUCAGUUUCAACAAACUACGACCAAAUUUAAAGCUGUGAAACGAGUCCCUUACUCUUCAUACAUAGUUACA